AUGCGUAGCUUCAGCCUUUCCAUCGGCAUCUGGCACACCCGCAAGGAAGCCGAGUCUGUUUUCCAAGAAAAUAGCCACACGCUGUUUGGGGACUGCUCGGACUCAUCCGCGGGCCCGGCGUUGCAGAGCUGCUUCUUGCACUCGCUGGGUGACGAGCUCCAGCAGCCGGUCGCGGGGGUGUCGGGGCGAGGAUCUGUGGCUCUGACAGGAGCAGCAGCAGCGAAGACCCACGCGUGUGGGUAUGGACAGGACAACCUCCAGAAACAGCAGCGGGCUGGCUACACAGGUAACCGCAACGCGAAACUGGAGGGUUAUGAAUACAGCCGGAGUGGAAACCCUACUCGGAACUGCCUGGAGAAGGCUGUGGCAGCGCUAGAUGGAGCUAAAUACUGUUUAGCUUAUGCUUCUGGCUUAGCUGCUACUUUGAACAUUACUCACCUGUUAAAGGCAGGGGAUACGAUUGUCUGCAUGGACGAUGUCUAUGGAGGCACAAACAGAUACUUCAGGACAAUCGCCAUGAAGAUGGGUUUGAACGUGGUUUUUGUUGACUGCACAAAAAUGGAAUGCUUGGAAGCUGCAAUUACACCAGAGACCAAGCUGGUUUGGAUUGAAACGCCCACCAACCCCACACUGAAGGUCAUUGACAUUCAGGCCUGUGCCGAUGCAGUACAUAAGCAUAAAGAUGUGCUUCUGGUGGUAGACAACACCUUCAUGUCUGCCUAUUUCCAGCGUCCUUUAUCUCUGGGGGCUGAUAUUUGUAUGUAUUCUGCAACCAAAUACAUGAACGGGCAUAGUGAUGUUGUCAUGGGACUUGUUUCAGUAAACUGCGAUGAUCUCUACGAAAGACUCAAGUACUUACAAAACUCUCUUGGAGCUGUUCCAUCUCCCUUUGACUGUUACCUGUGCAAUCGUGGCUUGAAGACACUAAAAGUCCGGAUGAAGCAGCAUUUCCACAACGCAUUAGCUGUUGCUCGAUUUCUGGAGUCAGAUUCCCGGGUGGAGAAAGUGAUUUUCCCAGGCUUGCCUUCACACCCUCAGCACGAGCUGGUCAAGCGGCAGUGUACUGGCUGUCCUGGGAUGGUCACCUUUUACAUCAAAGGAAAUCUCGCCCAUGCUGCUACGUUUCUGAAGAGUUUAAAGGUUUUUGCGCUGGCUGAGAGUCUGGGAGGAUACGAAAGCCUGGCAGAGCAUCCGGCCAUCAUGACUCACGCUUCAGUGCCUAAAGAAGAUAGAGAAGCUCUUGGAAUCAGUGAUACAUUGAUCCGCCUGUCAGUUGGUUUGGAAGAUGAAGAAGAUUUACUGGAAGACCUAGAUCAAGCUCUGAAAGCUGCAUUUGCAGACCAUAAGGCUUGA